AUGUCUGACUCUACUCUCUACCUCUACACUUCCCUGACCGCAGGGUCCUCCCACAUCGUCACCGCAACCGCUCGUGUGGAGACCAUCCUCAAGGCCAACAAGCUCCCCUUCCGUGUCAUUGACGUCGCCACCGACGAGGUCGCCCGGAAACUAUGGGGCCGUCGUUCCAAAGGAAAGAAACUGCCCGGCCUGGUGAAAUACGGAAAUAUUGUUGGAGAUCUCGAGGAAAUUGAAGAAUGGAACGAGUUUGGCGAGCUGCGCAUGGUCAUCAACAGCAUCCAGGACAUUGAUGGCAUGCCGGCCACUAGCAACAUCGUCGCUCCUCCUCCUCCCGACUCGCAGUCCACGCCGACGCCUAAAGAGCCCGAACCCGGAACCCCUAAACCCUCCACUAUCAAAAUCCAAAGCCCGCCCGGCGCCAAAACCGAAGAGAAAAAGGACGAUAAGGCUGCUAUUGCACUGCGUCAGGUCAGCCAGGAAGCUGCAUCCAAGGCCAAGGCCAAGACCAAGACCGACAACGAGAAGCCCGAAGAGGAGGCCAAGUCGGAGUUGAAGCAGGAAGAGUCCAACGAUGAAUUGUCGCCCUCUGCAAGCAGGGGACACCGUGGAUCGGUUGCUCCCGAACUUCCUGAUACCGCGCCAGACUCGCCCAAGGUCGUAAAGCGUCCACCUCUCAUUCCCGAGGUCGCAGCCGUCUCGUCGGCCAACUUCCACGCCGAUAAUGCGGAGAUGCUAGGACUGGUCGAGCAUCACCGUGGCUCGAUCAUCUCGGCCACCGACAAGGAGGAGCAGGACAAAGUUGUGAAGGAUAUCCGACAGUCCAUUACGGGCGAGGACGCGUCUGGUAGCCUCGACGCUCUCCGCAAGGAGGCUGCGGAGAAGGCCAGGGACGGUACCAUUGAGGAGGUGGCCACUCCGCUCGAGGAAGAUGUCAAAACGGUUGCGACCAAAACCAAGGCCGAUACGGAGGAAGAUACCAAAGAGGAUAAGCAAGAGGCGAAAGAUGAUAUAAAGGAAGAUACCAAGGACGAUGCCAAGCCCGGGGAGGCGAAGGAGUGA